AUGAAGAAAGCUAAGACUAAUUAUGCCUAUACACCAGAAAACAAUGAUAAGGCAGUUAAAGCCGCAAUGAAGAAUGCUAAAAUCAGUUAUAAGAACACUCAUCAGACAGUUACUAUUUUACGUGGAAUGUGGCUAACUAGUGCUAUUAAGUAUAUGGAUGACGUAUUAGCCCGACAAAGAUGUAUUCCCAUGCGGAAGUACAAUGGAGGAGUCCCAAGAAGAGCCCAAGCUAAAGAGUUUGGAGUUCUACAAGGUAGAUGGCCGGAAAAGAGUGUAACUCAAGUCAAGUCUAUCUUGAAGAGUAUGCAGAAGACAGCAGUUCAUAAGGGUUUAGAUGCUUCUAAGAUGAAGAUCAUGCAUGCUCAAGUGCAAAGAGCUCCUAUCAUUCAUAAUAGGACUUAUCGUGCUCAUGGUCGAGUCACUGCCUGGAACAAGUCGCCUUGCCAUAUAGAACUAGUUGCUGAAGAGCAAUUAGGAGCUAUUCCGGCUGAGAAGCCAGUAGCAAGUAUUGCCCAGAAGAGGGCUGAGCGUAGGAAUUGGGCUUUGGCUGUUUGUGGUCGGUUGCGGGCGCCUAGUAAGAAGAGGCUGUAA